AUGUUCAGGUCGACUGAGAUUCCCCUGAACCUGGCUUCUUGGUUGAGCGAAGACGGCGAUGGACAAUCGUCGAUUGAGGAGGAGGCUGAAGCGGGGCUCAAGCUAAGCGAGCGUGGCAUCUAUAUAUGUAUGAGUCCUGGCUGCGCGCGAAAAACGGGCCAGGCCAAGAGAAUCUUACAGUUUCUCGACCACAAGCCUCUUAUUUGA